GGCAAAACUACUUCAUGACGCCUGGAAUUUAGCUUAUGCUGGUGAAUUAAACUUUGCAACUGCUCUUAAUAUGACUUUAUUCUUAAGAAACGAACGAAAUCAUAUUGUAUGGAAUCCAGUAUUUCCAUUUCUUGACCUAAUUGGCAGACGUCUUGAUUUGUCGUCAGCUCAUAGAAAAUUUGAGUUGUACAUUAUAGAACUUUUAGCUCCAUUGUAUGAGAACUUGGGCGGUGAAAACAUUAAUGAAGACGUAUGGAAAACUGACUUGAGAAAAUUGAGUAAAACAUUUUUAUGCCGUGCGGGCUAUAUUCCAUGUUUGCGGGCUGCACGAAAAGCGUUUAAAAUUUGGGUUAACAGUUCUAAUCCAAACUUUGAAAAUCCAUAUAUGCAGAUAUAUGUUCCAAGCCGCAUAACAAUUAUCGUUUUAAAAUCUAAAAUGAUAUAUUAUAUAGAUCACUGCAAAUUAUCCAACCCGUAAAACGGUUCCUCUUAUGGAUUUAAAAAACA